AACGACGCGGACGCGAAAAAUACAAACAAACUACAUAAAGUAGAAAAAAUACAAUUGUGUAGCUACUUUGAAGCAAUCAUUCUUCACAAGUAGAAUACAGAAUUGAUAUGAGAGUUUGGUUUUAAUUUUUCCGGAAACGCUCAACGAAAGCAAAAUCGCAAAUAUUUUUUAACAAAAAUUCGUAAUACAAGGUAACAAGGUGGCAAAGUGGUUUCGUGUACGAAAAGAGAAUUAGGACAAAAUUUAAAUAAAAGUAAAAAUUACAAAAGAGUUAAAAGUGAAUACGCACACAGCCAUAUGCAGCAUUAGUGCAAGAACAAGUUAUUUUUUGUUGUAUAACAACUCAGAACUGUAACGAACACAAAAAAGUGUGUGUUUUUCUUAAUACAAACCCUAAAUUAUGAACUAAUUUUCCAAGCUGUAUUCAAAACAACAAAGCAAAAAGAUAUAAAAAAUAAUAAAAAAAAAACAUAGAACAGAAGGACUAAUAAACUAGAGCCACUGCAAGUAAACACAGCAAUUAGCGGAAAUCGAUUGUGUCGCUGUGAAUUUGAGAAGAGAUUUUCAAGCCCGUUGUUGGUCUAUCUACCCAUCCGUCGGUCGUUCGCCUUCUGGAGAAGCGCUCACUUUGCUGCACAGCUAUCUAGUCUUAUUAGAGGCAGUCGCUCCGCCAGUCUGUCGGUCGUUCUGUCGUUGGUGUGCCGACACAUCAUUUUUCUUUUAUGCAUUCUCCCCCCAUUUUCGAUUUUCUUGAAGAGCCCACAAGACAAAAAGAAAAAAAAAAAUUGUCUAAACAUCCCAUUGCCAUUAGUAUUUACUUGUAAUUAGUCGCAAAGUGAACUGUGUGCGAUGACGAAAAGUGGAUAACCUAAAAGCCAAUAAGUAACGAAAAAGUGACAACAAUUAAAUAGCAAAGCAUAAACAUACAAAAAAAAAACACCAUUAAAGAAAAUAAAAUAGACAACAAGAGUAAACAAAAAACAACGAAGCAAAAAUAGCAGUAGCGUAAAGCAUAGAACUACCAAUUUUCUUUCAUUAACAGUGGAGCAGCGGAUUAUUUAACAAACGGUUUUGGUCGCAAAAAUGGUGCAGAAAUUUCAAUCACCCGUUAGGGUCUACAAACACCCAUUCGAGUUGGUCAUGAAGGCCUACGAAUGUCGUUUUCCAAAAUGCCCACAAAUGCCCAUCGUACUCGACUGCGAGUUGAUCAAGGAUGAGGUAUUGGAGAAUGGCGCGAAACGCAAUACGACUCGUCGUUGCAAAUUGGCUGUCGAUGCGCCAUACAUUUUCAAAAAGUUGAUAGGUGUGGACUCUGUUUACUUCUUGCAACACAACUACCUCGAUCUGGCCAAUCGGACACUCAAUAUUGAGGCUGUGAAUGAGAGUUUCUCAUCGCGCAUUGAAAUUUUCGAACGUUGCCGUUACUAUGCGCAUCCCGACAAUCCCGAUUGGACAUGCUUCGACCAAACAGCCACAUUGGAUAUUAAAAACUUUUUCGGUUUCGAACACUCCAUGGAGAAGAUGGGCAUGAAACAAUAUACACAAACCACUUUAAAAGGCAAGGAAAUCAUUGAGUAUUUCAUAAAUGAAUUGAAAGAGCAGGGUGUCACCGAAGUGGAACGUUGGGUGCCGCCAGUCGAUGCACCCUGUUCGCCGACAACGCGUGAGGCUAGCGAUGAAACCGCACAAAAACUAAAAGAUGGCGAUCGACGACGCUCCUCACACGAUGUGCUGCUCGAUGGUGACUUUAUAGCGAAAAAUUUGGGCACACUAACGCCAAUGCAGGCAUCGAAAUUGUUGGAGCUGCGAAAAAUGCUGGAUGGUGACGAAGACUUGGAACAAAUGCCAAGUUAUCAGACCAUACUGCGUUUUUUGACAGCACGCGAUUGGCAUGUGAAUCAAGCGUUCACAAUGCUCAAAGAUUCGUUGAAAUGGCGCAAGGAGCACAACAUCGACUCGUUGGUUAAGGAAUACAAAGCGCCAGCUGUGGUGGUGAAUCACUUUCCGGGCGCUUGGCAUCAUCACGACAAGGAUGGACGACCGAUAUACAUACUACGACUGGGUCAUAUGGAUGUUAAAGGCUUGCUAAAGUCCAUUGGUAACGAGGGGCUGUUGAAACUCACGCUACACAUUUGUGAGGAGGGUAUGCAGCGUAUCAAGGAAUCUGCUGAGCGCUUGGGUCAACCAGUGUUGAGUUGGUGUUUGCUUGUAGAUUUAGAGGGACUUUCCAUGCGUCAUCUGUGGCGGCCGGGCGUGAAAGCACUACUCAAUAUCAUCGAAACUGUCGAAAGCAAUUAUCCCGAAACAAUGGGCCGUGUGCUGGUGGUGCGUGCGCCGCGCGUCUUUCCCAUCGCCUGGACUAUAGUCAGCGCAUUUAUACAUGAAAAUACGCGCUCAAAAUUCCUAUUCUACGGCGGUCCCGACUGCUUGCACAUGAAGGACGGCCUGGAGCAAUACAUCGAUUCGGACAUUAUACCAGACUUUUUGGGUGGCCCAUGUAAGACACUCAUACACGAGGGUGGUCUUGUGCCAAAAACGCUCUAUAAAAUGAAUUCAUUGGAAGAGGACGACGCGGAUGAGGAGGAAAAGAAACCACAAGAGGCUGGCGCCUUGAUGCACGAACAUCGUAGUCUCUAUAAAACAGUAGAAUUGCGUACUGGUUACAUACAUGAAGUGAUCAUACCAAAUCAGGAUCCAAAAAGUGUACUCACCUGGGACUUCGAUGUGACACGCAGUGAUCUACACUUUACAUUGUAUCGUGCAACGAAAGAGCUGCCGUCAAAAACUGAUACCGCCGUUUCUAUAUUUGAUAUGAGUGAUUUCGUCGAGGGCGAACACUACUUCAAGGAGGAACCAACGCUCAUUUGUCGCCACCGCGAAAGCGUGCAGGGUUCCCAUGUAAUGCAUCACACCCACAGUUAUAUAAUGCAAUGGUUCAGCCCGUCAUGCGGUUCCGAGGGUCCCGCACAAUUGAACUUCUUCUACGAAGUACUGAGUUCGGCCAACUACAAAGGUUCCAUGACUAGUUUGCAAUCGGGUUUCUCAUCAUCGUCGGCUGCCAGUUCGUGUCAGAGUCGAUGAUAUGAAGCGAAUAAUGGUGCGGCCUGUAGUAGCGGUGCAGCAGCAGUGCUGACGUUGAAUGGUAGGCAGGGAGUGGGGGCAGCGGGAAAGCUGCGCCAACAGCAACAACAUAACGGUGAGGAAAUGCAUGAACAUGGCAUUGUUGCCGUCGAUUCGCUAAUGGAGAAGACAUUGAAUUGAGCUGAAAUAAUGAGUGUGUGUGUGUGUGUAGCGCAAAUCAGUACACAAUUAACUAUAAUUUUUGAUUUAAUUAUAAAUAUGCAGUAGUUUUAUAUAACUUCAAAUGCUUAUAAGGAAAAUAUUUACUAGUUUAAUAAAAUUUAAAUAGACGCUAUAAUUUAAUUUGAAAAAAAAAACAAAAAACGUGGGUAGAUUGAUUUUAAAGCGGAUUUUUAAAAUAUAGCAGAAUAAUUAAGUUUUUAGCUAAAGCAUGAAUAAUAGUGAAAUAUUUGCGCCCAUAUGAAAGUGAGGUUGAGAAAAAUUGCAAUUUUAAGAAAAUAUAUAUUUUGCUUUAUUUUAUUUUCUAGGUAUUAACAAUAUAACGAACACAAAAAUAAAUCAAAAGUAGAAUAAGAAAAAAGUAAGCCAAAAUUUAGUGCUGAAUGCUUGAAAUUUGUUUUAAAAAUCGUUAUCGAUAAAUCGACAACAACAGGAUUUAUUAAAUAUCAAUGAAGCGAUAACAAAAAUAUUUAUCGGAUAAUGAUUAAUCGGCAACAAAAGAAUUUAUCGUGAAAAAAGUUAGGUAUAUUGUUAAAUCGAUAAGAAAUUAUGCUCGAUUAAUCGAUAACAAAAAGAUGUAUCGUCAACAAAAAGUUAUAUUGUUAAAUCGAUAAAAAAAAUUAUGCUCGAUUAAUUGGUAACAAUAUUUCGGGGAUUAAUCGAUAACUAAACAAACAAUAAUUGUUUACCGUAAGCAAAAGAAUCAUCAUCAUUAACAGCCGAAUCGAAUGUGCAAUAAAAUGAAACACACCAGCAAACACAUAUGUAUUUUUGAAGAACUUACAAAAACCACACAUGCAAGAGUGCUAAUACAAAACAAUAACAAAAGUUUAAAGGCUUUAUUGGAAUUGUAACAUGUUUUUUAACCUUAUCGAUAACUUGUAAGCGAAUUAAGCCAAACAUUUUUUGCAAGUGUAACCAAUUAAUCUUUUAACUAAAUAUGUACAUACAUAUGCACUGAAAAUACAAUUAGGAAAAGUUAUCGAUAAACAGCAUAUCUAAUGGUAUUAGAAAUGUCCGAUCUUUCCUGUUGAUGCUUCAUUCUGAUGAGUUUUUAAUAAAUAAAGAAAGGCAGUUAGUGCUUGUUUCCACGCCGCACUCAAUUAUAUUAUUGUACAUACAUCGCAGUUCAGAACUGCUCUAAAAAGGUUCUAUGUUCUUUAAACUUAUCUGAAAUAUGAUUUUGUAAAAAAAAAAAAAUAUUAUAACGUGUUUUCAUGUAUGCUUUAAAUUAUAUGAUUGCAUACCCUUACUUCGAUGGGUUCAUCAUAAAAUCUUUUUUGUUUAUAUUAUGUGAAGAGCGCGAUUCACAAAAAAACGAGUUUAUAACAUGUUUUCACCGCAAAUAGAGUUACAUAUAUAUAUGUAUGUAUGACAAUAUAUAGUACGUAUUUCAGCAGCCUUGCUUAAGCAAAUACAUAUCCAAUAAUCUUGAAAACUAAAUUUAAAUAAGAUGAAGAAGAUGCUUAUACCCUGUUUCCAUGUCAAUUAACACGUAUUAGGGAAUUCAAAAAAAUUUCAAGUAAAAUUCGUCUUUUAUAAUGAAAAAGUUUAUAGCCUUUUUUCACAACGAAUGGUAUCAUGUGAUUGAAAAUGAUAUUUAGCUUUCCAGUUUAUUAUCGAAGCACAAAUUUAACUGGGUUUUUUUUAGAAAUCAGAUGUAUAAACAUUAAUAUAUGGGUACUUUAGAAAAUGCGCACUAUGACCACGGUUUUCUUGUGCCCUCCUAGCUCAUCUCAAUAUCUCCUCGGGCCUUUAGUGCCCCAAGUAACCUAAGGGAUCCCAAAGUGGCUGAUUGUGAACCUGCAUUUCAUCUGGCCAGAUCGCAAGCAUCUUCAUUUGGCGCAUUCCAAAUGCAGUGCAGUUCAAACCAUAUCAAAAUGCCAACUGGGGUAAUAUUAAACAGUUCUCGGUUUGCACUAUAGAAUACAAUAACCCUUUGUGAUACUUGCUACUUUCCUUAAACUAAUUUUUGAGUGAGUGCUUAGUUGUCUAAACCUAUUGUAGGUAUAGUUUUGAAACACUGUUUAGUUGGCUCUCAGUGGGUCUGUCAAACAAGUCAAGCGUCUUUAAAAUUAAUUUCAGUCAAGAAAAAACUUUUUUUUUUAAUCAUUUCCCGCUCGCUGUCGUCAUAGGAGCCAUUAUACAUAUGCACUAUUUUAUAUAACAAAUGUGGUUAUUAAAAUAGAGUGUGCAAUAUGGCCUAUUUCAAGACUUGCAUGCAAUUUUUAGAGGUAGUAGCAAUGCAUUAUACUAUGUACCGCAAACAGAGCAGCGUCUGAACUAAAACAAAAUAUUUUGGUUUGAUUGAUUUGAAAUUUUAAAACCCUAUUCACCUACGAUUUGUGAAAAGGAUCUGUCUUGUGUGAGUCAAAGCUGCGUGGAAACAAGCUACUAGCCAAAAGGUUAUUCAAUUCAGUUUUAAGUCGUUGCUACCAACUCUUAGAGCUUAAUCUACCUGGAAAUCAGUCAGUUGUGUGUGUACAAUAAACCAAUAAAAAAAAUCUAAAAUGUUUUAGAUAGAAAAAAUGCAAUUAAAAUUUCUUUUUUUUGGAAAUUAAUUUUAGAGCGAUAUACAUAAUUCGUAAAAAAUCUAAUAAUUAAAAAAAAAGCAAAUGAAAUAUUUUAGAGUUAAUUUAUAAAAAAUUUU